ACUCCAAUUCCCCUUUCGUCCUUGUACAGUCUUCCUUCCUCUUCAAUGAAACGAGCAACACGGCCGUGCUGCACGGACGGCCCUGCUCGUUCCACCUCACCAACAGAGCGGCCGUCUGAAUCGGACGGCCGUGCUCGAUUCACUUCUUUCCCUUUCACCAAAAACAAACAACAAAACCCUCUUCAAAAUCACAAUGAGGAAGACUUUUCUCAGCUUCCUUACGAUGUUCUCUUGAGAAUCUCAGCUACUUUCAAUCUACCCAAUAUACGUUCAGCUUCUUUAGUAUGUAAAUCUUGGUUCCAAGCAAUUAAACCAUUGAGAGAAUCGAUGGUUUGUCUCAAAUGGGGGAAGAGAUAUAAGCAUGGGAGAAGUGGGGUUAAGAGGAAUUUGAGGAAAGCACUUGAUUAUUUUCUUCAAGGAGCUGCUCUUGGAUCUACAUUAGCUAUGGUUGAUGCUGGAUUAGUUUAUUGGGAGAUGGGGAGAAGAGAAAAAGGGAUGAAUUUGUAUAGAAAGGCUGCUGAACUUGGUGACCCUGUUGGGCAAUGCAAUUUGGGGAUUUCUCUCUUGCAAGCUAAUCCUCCGGAUCCCGAGGAAGCUGUUAAAUGGCUGUACAAAGCUUCUGUUACUGGUCAUGUUCGAGCUCAAUACCAACUUGCACUCUCUUUACAUAAACGUCAUGGUCCGAAUAGUAAUCUCCAGGAAGCGGCAAAAUGGUACGUGAAGGCAGCAGAAGGUGGAUAUGUCCGUGCUAUGUAUAACACAGCAUUAUGCUAUUCGGUCGGAGAAGGUUUAAUGCAGUCUCAUAAAUUAGCAAAGAAAUGGAUGAAGAGAGCAGCUGAUCGAGGUCAUAGUAAAGCCCAGCUCGAGCAUGGGAUGUGUCUGUUUUCU